CUGCCUACUUAGAGCCUGAUAGCAUUGCUGAGCAGCUGUAGACACAGGGUGGUUGUUGGAGGACGAUGGAGUUGCUGUGCUGUCACGAUCCACUCAAGGGGCGCCUGUGUUGCAAUUCCUUCCUCUACAUAUCGACCGAGGCCUUCUGCUUCCCCUCGGUCACUGCCAACAUCAUCCUCUUCUCCAGAUCCUUCACCUCGCACUAUAGAGGCGGGAGCACCUCCGUUGCGAGAACUGCCUACUUCAUCAAUCUCUUUGGCACAACUUUUCUUUUGCCGUCUACUUCACCGCAAAGCUCUUUUUUCGGACACUGUUCGUAUUCAAGUCACGUCAAGGGCAUUUGCUUGAACGGUCCUCAUCAUGGGCAAGCCAUCAGACUAUGGGCCAAUCCUCAAUGGCGUGAUGUGGCUCCAAGUCGGCGUAUCGUCGGUCUUCAUCAUGCUGCGAAUCUACACACGAUUCUAUAUCAUCAGGAGCUUGGGCUGGGACGACUACAUGAUGGUCAUUAAUCUGGCGGUAUUCAUUGCUUUCAUAGCCACCACCUCGAUUGGUGUUUCAUAUGGGGUUGGGAAGACGACCGAAGACAUUGCUCGUCUUGGUCUUGACAACUCCAAAGCCAUCUUCUGGGAGGCUGUCGGCCAGGGCAUCUGCAUAAUGGGCAUUGCUGUGUCCAAGGCCGCGAUUGCGUUGUUUUUGUUACGCAUCGUCGUGCGAAAGUGGCACAUUGCCCUGCUCUGGAGUGUGAUGAUCAGCACAGCGAUCUUCAGCACCAUCACAACGGCGCUACUGUUUUUGCAAUGCAAGCCAGUAUCGUAUCUCUGGAACCCUACUAUCCCAGGUGGACACUGUCCCAUCAACUUCACAGACGUAGGCUUGUCCAUGGGCGCCUGGUCUGCAGCCAUGGACUUUAUUCUCGCCAUCCUCCCCUGGCCCGUGGUCAUGGGCCUCAACAUGAAGCGUAAAGAGAAGGUAACGAUCGCAUGCGGUCUCUCCCUCGGCUUCUUCGCAGGCUGUUGCUCCGUUGUGCGAACCGUGGAACUACGCACACUUGCCAGCAAGGCAAACUACGUCUACGAUACCGCACCCAUGCUGCUCUGGUCGUCCUCCGAGAUCUGUCUCACGAUCAUCUGCGCUUGCAUACCCGUCCUCCGGCCGCUGUACGUCCGCAUCGCUUACGGGUCGCGCGGUGACUCGAGCGGUGCUAGUGGAGGCCGGAGUCAUCCGCUCAAAGACUACUCCCAUAGUAAAAAGGGGAGUUUCGGGAAGACUCAUGGACUCAGGGGCAGCGCGAAGAGUCGGGUAUACAUUGGUCAGGGUGAAAGUGCAUUGCGUACUACUGUCAAGAUGGGCAGCGACAAUGCAAGCGAGGAGACAAUCUUGAGAGAGUGCCACAAGGAUAAUAUACCGGAGAGGGCUAGGGACGACGAGAUGGGAGUAGCACUCCCGGCAUGCUCCAGGAAAAACGACAUCAGGGUCACGACCACGGUUGAGGUAGAAGAGAACCUUGGAGAAAAGUUCAUCGUUUGAGGAUGUCGAAGUCGGAGGCUACUCUCAUGCAUUGGUGUCGAUGUGCUGCACGGAGGCAAAAAUUUACGGUUGUUGAGGAUUCAAAGCGUC